GUCAUUGAGAGGAACACAAGUUCCAUUCACUCCUACACUUUUCAACUAACAAUUUGUUUAUUUAUUCAUUGAUCUGUUGCUUGCUACGGCUAGCUCUCCUUCUUCUGCCUAAGCAAAAAUUACUUCAGCUUUUGCUUGCACAAGCUGCUUUCCAUUUGGAGUCAUUGGUAGAAGGGUUUUUAAUCAAAAGAAGUUUUCCUCCAAGAAAAUGACUGGGGAUAUCAGUUUGGAUGGAAAUGUUGCAACUCUUCAACCAGUUGCAGAUGCUGAUGGAAAGAAGGAAUCAAAGAAAAGCAAGGCCAAAGAUGAAACCACCAACACAGUACCCUUGUACAAGCUUUUCUCAUUUGCUGAUCCUUUGGAUCAAUUAUUGAUGUUUGUGGGGACUGUGGGUGCUAUUGGGAAUGGAAUCUCCAUGCCCUUAAUGACUUUGAUAUUUGGAAGUAUGAUCAAUGCAUUUGGAGAUUCUUCAAACACCAAAGAUGUUGUUGAUGAAGUUUCCAAGGUGUCUCUCAAAUUUGUAUACUUGGCUGCGGGUACCUUUUUUGCGUCACUUUUGCAAUUGUCUUGCUGGAUGAUCACUGGGGAGAGACAAGCUGCAAGAAUUAGAGGCUUAUACCUUCAAACAAUUUUGAGGCAAGAUGUGAGCUUCUUUGAUAAGGAAACUAAUACUGGAGAGGUUGUUGGAAGGAUGUCAGGUGAUACAGUUCUUAUUCAGGAUGCCAUGGGUGAGAAGGUGGGACAGUUCAUACAGUUAAUGGCAACUUUCGUUGGAGGUUUUGUCAUAGCAUUCAUCAAGGGAUGGCUUCUAACUGUUGUCAUGCUAUCUUGCAUACCACUUCUUGUCUUGUCUGGUGCCAUGGUAGGCGUCGCUAUUACAAAAGCAUCAUCCAACGGACAAGCAGCUUAUUCUACAGCUGCAAGUGUGGUAGAGCAGACCAUAGGUUCAAUCAGAACUGUUGCAUCAUUCACUGGGGAGAAGCAGUCUAUAGUCAAAUAUAACCAGUCCUUAAUCAAAGCAUACAAGACAGUAGUGCAAGAGGCACUAGCUUCUGGUUUGGGGUUUGGUUCACUCUAUUUUGUAGUCAUCUGCAGUUAUGGUUUGGCUGUAUGGUUUGGAGGGAAAAUGGUAAUAGAGAAAGGAUAUACCGGAGGGGAUGUUGUGACUGUGAUUUUUGCUGUUUUGACUGGCUCCAUGUCUCUUGGGCAGGCAUCUCCAAGCUUGAGUGCUUUCGCUGCUGGACAAGCUGCAGCCUUUAAGAUGUUUGAAACGAUUAAAAGGAAGCCAGAGAUUGAUUCUUAUGAUGCUACUGGUCGGAAGCUUGAUGAUAUUCGUGGAGAUAUAGAACUCAGGGAGGUUUGCUUUAGUUAUCCUACAAGACCAGAUGAACUGAUAUUCAAUGGAUUUUCACUUUCAAUACCAAGUGGUACAACUGCAGCUUUGGUAGGGCAAAGUGGGAGUGGAAAAUCCACUGUUGUUAGUUUGAUAGAGAGAUUCUAUGAUCCUCGGGCCGGUGAAGUUCUAAUUGAUGGUAUCAACCUUAGAGAAUUUCAACUGAAAUGGAUCAGACAGAAAAUAGGCCUAGUCAGUCAGGAACCAGUUCUCUUUACUUGUAGCAUUAAAGAGAAUAUUGCCUAUGGCAAGGAUGGUGCAACUGAUGAUGAAAUCAGAGCUGCAGCAGAACUUGCUAAUGCUGCCAAAUUUAUAGAUAAACUACCUCAGGGAAUCGACACAAUGGUUGGUGAACAUGGAACUCAGCUCUCUGGGGGUCAAAAGCAGAGAGUUGCAAUAGCAAGAGCAAUUUUAAAAGAUCCAAGAAUCCUGCUUCUGGACGAAGCUACAAGUGCCCUUGAUGCUGAAUCUGAGAGAAUUGUACAAGAGGCACUUGACAGAAUAAUGAUAAACCGAACAACUGUCAUUGUAGCCCACCGCCUAAGUACUAUAAAGAAUGCUGAUACCAUUGCUGUUAUUCAUCAAGGAAAAAUAGUUGAAAGAGGUUCGCAUGCUGAGCUCACCAGGGAUCCUGAUGGAGCCUAUAGCCAGCUCAUUAGACUGCAAGAAAUAAAGGGAUCAGGACAGAAUGCUGCAAAUGACACAGACAAGCAAGAAAGUUCAGUGCAUUCCGGAAGAAUAUCAAAUCAAAGAUCUUUUUCCUCAGCAUCUUUAAGCCAAAGGUCAUCUGGAGUUGGAAACAGUGGCCAUCACUCAUUCUCAGCUUCAUAUGGCAUACCCCCAACAGUUGGAUUCUUGGAGCCAGUUGGUGGAGAAGCUUCCCCUUCAACAGUUUCUUCGCCACCAGAAGUGCCUCUUUAUCGCCUGGCCUAUUUAAACAAGCCUGAGAUUCCAGUCUUACUGGUAGGGACUAUAGCUGCAGUGUUAAAUGGAGUAAUCUUACCUGUUUUUGGGCUCUUGCUUUCCAAAAUGAUAAGUAUUUUCUAUGAGCCAGCUGAUGAACUCCGCAAAGAUUCUAAAGUUUGGGCACUAGUAUUUGUUGGCCUUGGCGUGGCAUCGUUAGUAAUUUUUCCAUGUAGAUUCUACUUUUUUGGUGUUGCCGGUGGUAAGUUGAUCAAAAGAAUCCGGGAAAUGUGUUUUGAGAAACUAGUUCACAUGGAAGUUAGCUGGUUUGAUGAAGCUGAGCAUUCAAGCGGAGCACUUGGAGCAAGGCUCUCUACUGAUGCAGCUUCAGUUAGAGGUUUGGUUGGGGAUGCACUCGGCUUGCUGGUUCAAAAUAUUGCUACUGCAAUAGCUGGCUUGGUAAUUGCUUUUGUAGCCAGCUGGCAGCUUGCUCUUGUAAUCCUUGCUUUGGUGCCUCUGUUAGGAUUAAAUGGAUAUUUUCAGUUGAAGUUCUUGCAAGGGUUCAGUGGAGAUUCCAAGAAAUUGUAUGAGGAAGCAAGUCAGGUGGCGAAUGAUGCUGUGGGGAGUAUAAGAACAGUUGCUUCUUUCUGUGCAGAGGAGAAGGUGAUGGAGUUAUACCAGGAAAGAUGUGAGGGACCAAUUAAGACAGGAAUAAGGAGAGGGAUAGUAAGUGGAGUUAGUUUUGGGAUAUCAUUCUUCGUGCUGUAUGCAGUUUAUGCAUGCAGUUUUUAUGCUGGAGCUCGUCUUGUAGAGGAUGGCCAAACAACAUUCUCAGAUGUUUUCCGUGUCUUUUUUGCCCUCAGCAUGGCAGCUAUAGGAAUCUCUCAAUCUGGGUCCUUGGCCCCAGAUUCAACUAAAGCUAAAAGUGCAGCUGCUUCCAUAUUUGCUAUUCUAGAUCGGAAGUCGCAAAUAGACCCCAGUGAUGAAUCUGGAAUGACAUUGGAAGAAGUAAAGGGAGAAAUUGAGUUUAACAAUGUCAGUUUCAAGUAUCCUACCAGACCUGAUGUUCAAAUAUUCAGAGAUUUUUGCUUGACCAUUCACAGUGGCAAGACAGUAGCACUGGUUGGAGAAAGUGGAAGUGGAAAAUCAACUGCGAUCUCAUUACUACAAAGAUUUUAUGACCCAGACUCAGGUCACAUCACACUGGAUGGAAAAGAAAUCCAAACGCUGCAAGUGAAGUGGCUAAGGCAACAGAUGGGCCUGGUAAGCCAAGAGCCUGUGCUGUUCAAUGAGACCAUCAGAGCCAAUAUUGCAUAUGGAAAAGGAGGAAAUGCAACCGAGGCAGAAAUCAUAGCUGCUGCAGAACUGGCAAAUGCUCACAAGUUCAUUAGUAGUUUGCAGAAGGGUUAUGACACAAUAGUAGGGGAGCGAGGAGUUCAAUUAUCUGGGGGACAAAAGCAAAGAGUGGCAAUUGCACGAGCUAUAGUGAAGAAUCCAAAGAUUUUACUAUUAGAUGAAGCCACCAGUGCACUUGAUGCCGAGUCUGAAAAAGUGGUUCAGGAUGCACUUGACCGUGUCAUGGUGGACCGAACCACAAUAGUAGUAGCUCAUAGAUUAUCCACUAUUAAGGGUGCAGAUUUAAUUGCAGUAGUUAAGAAUGGGGUCAUAGCAGAGAAAGGAAAGCAUGAAACGUUACUCCGUAAGGGUGGUAACUAUGCUUCUUUAGUAGCAUUGCACACAAGUGCUUCUUCAUCUUAGACUCCCCUUCAGCUUGUUGCAACUUUUAUCAGAGUAAAAUCAGAUGCUUAGGAAAUUGAUUAUUCUCAAUGAUUAGUCAAGUUUAAAUACCACUCUCCAAUUGCUUUAUUUAUUGUAAUUUGUAAUUUUGUUUUCUUGAAAGAACUAGUGAAAUAAAAGCUUUGAUUGUUAAUUAUUA